UCAAAGAUAGUUAUGGCUUCUUCUUCUUCUUCUUCUUCUCCUUUCAAAAAACACGAUGUUUUUAUCAGUUUUAGAGGGGAGGAUACUCGCACCAAUUUUACAAGCUUUCUUCAUGCGGCUUUGUGUAAAAACCACAUCGAAACCUACAUAGACUAUAGAAUCGAAAAAGGAGAAGAGGUUUGGGAAGAACUAGAAAAAGCAAUUAAAGCAUCCGCUUUAUUUUUGGUUGUGUUCUCAGAAAACUAUGCAUCUUCAACAUGGUGUUUGAAUGAACUCGUUGAAAUAAUGAAGUGCAAAAAAAAUGACGAAGACAACGUUGUUGUUAUUCCUGUGUUCUACCGUAUAGAAGCUUCACAUGUCCGAAAGCAGACAGGAAGUUACCACACAGCGUUGUUGAAACAAAAGAAACAAGGCAAAGAUAAGAUUCAAAGGUGGAAGAUUGCUCUCUUUGAAGUAGCUAAUUUAUCUGGCUUUGAUUCAAGUACAUAUAGGUAUUUUCUUUGCUUCUACUUUUACAAAUUGACUGAAGCUGACUUGAUUGGAGACAUCAUCAAAGCAGUCCUCCAAAAAUUGAAUCAAAAGUAUACAAAUGAACUUAGAUGCUUGUUCAUACCAGAUGAAAACUAUUCAAGCAUUGAAUCAUUAUUAAAAGUAGAUUCAAGAGAAGUUAGAACUAUUGGAAUUUGGGGCAUGGGAGGCAUAGGAAAGACAACCCUUGCUGCUGCCAUAUUUCAGAAGGUAUCUUCCAUGUAUGAAGGUAGUUGCUUCCUAGAAAAUGUCACAGAAGAAUCAAAGAGACAUGGGUUCAGUUACACAUACAACAGACUUCUUUCUAAGUUACUAGGGGAAGAUCUUCAUAUUGAGACUCCUAAAGUAAUAUCAUCUAUGGUUAUGAAAAGACUCAAACGCAUGAAAGCUUUCAUUGUACUAGAUGAUGUUCGUACUUUAGAACUUCUAGAUAAUAUGAUUGGAGCAGGGCAUGAUUGCCUUGGAGCUGGUAGCAGAGUCAUUGUGACAACCAGAGAUAAGCAUGUAUUGAUAGGUGGAGGAAUUGUCGAUAUUCAUCAAGUUAAGGAAAUGAACUCUCCAAAUUCCAUCAGGUUGUUCAGUUUGAAUGCUUUCAAAAAAAUCCUUCCCAAUGAGGGAUAUGAGGAGAUAUCAAACAAUGUAGUUUCUUACGCCAAAGGCAACCCUUUGGCCUUGAAAGUUCUGGGUUCAUUUCUUCUUACAAAAAGUAAAAAAGAAUGGGACAGCGCUCUAAAUAAACUGAAGGAAAUUCCCAAUGCUGAAAUUCAAAAGGUGUUGAGAUUAAGCUAUGAUGAAUUAGAUGAUACAGAGAAAGAUAUAUUUCUAGACAUUGCAUGUUUUUUCAAAGGUUGUGGAAGCAAAAGCAGAGUAACAAAAAUAUUAAAUGCGUGUGGUUUAUUUGCAGAUAUUGGGAUAAGAAACCUUUUAGACAAGGCUCUUGUAACUAUUACUUCAGCCAAUGGCAUACAGAUGCAUGAUUUGAUACGAGAGAUGGGUAGGCAAAUUGUUCGUGAAGAAUCUAUCAAAAACCCUGGACAACGCAGUAGAUUGUGGAAUGCUGAAGAAAUUUGUGAUGUGUUGACAAACAAUAAUGUAAGAAUGAUAUAUACCUUGACUUGCAUUCCAAAAAACAUGUAUAUAUAUGGGACUGGUGCAGUUGAAAGCAUAUGCUUGGAUAUGAAUCAAAUUACCUGCAUAAAUUUGUGCUCUAAAGCAUUCAGAAAGAUGCCAAACCUAAGAUUACUUGCUUUCGUAGACCGAAAUCUAGAUGCUAAGGGAAUUAUUUCUGUGCAUCUUCCCGAGGGCCUUGAUUUUUUGCCUAACAACUUGAGAAGUUUUGAAUGGAGUGCAUAUCCAAUAAAUUCUCUACCAUCAAAUUUUUCUCCAUGGAAGCUUGUUGAACUUUGUCUUCCAUAUAGCAACCUGGAAAAACUUUGGAACGGAGCACAGAAUUUUCCGAGCUUAGAGAGAAUAGACCUUCGUGAUUCGGCAUGCUUGAUAGAGUGUCCAAAUUUUUCCAAUGCCCCAAAUCUCAAGCAUAUAAUGCUUGACAAUUGUGUAAGCAUGUCUCAUGUUUACCCAUCUAUUUUCAAUCUCCCAAAGCUUGAAGAGUUCGCUGUGACUCAAUGUAAGUCACUUAAGAGCCUCUGUGGCAUCACUCGUUCACAAUCUCUCCAUACACUUUGGGCAGGUGGAUGUUACAAUCUCCAAGAGUUCAUAACAAUAUCCCAAAACACUAAUGAUCCUUCCACAACCACAACUGGGUUCACAUCAUCAACUAAUCUUGAAUAUUUUACUUUUCACAUAUGUGAGGGUCUUUUGGAUCUCCCUGAAAACUUUGCAAACCAUAUGACACUUUCUGACUCAAAGAUGAAUGAGCAAGACAAUUUAACGACCUUCCAUAAAAUACUACCUAGCCCUUGCUUCAGGACUGUUAGAAGUUUAAUUUUCAAUGCUAUUCGCAAUUUAUCUGUAAUCCCAGACAGCAUCUCCUUGCUAUCAUCAUUGGAGAAUUUAACACUAUCUGGCUGUGCUAUCAUAAGCUUACCUGAAAGCAUUAAUUGUCUUCCAAGACUCAUGUUUCUUGACAUUGAUAAAUGUGAAAUGCUUCAAUCUAUACCUUCUCUUCCACAAUCCAUUCAGUGGUUCCAUGUUCGGAAUUGUGAAUCUCUUCAGAAUGUGUUGAAUUCAACAAAUGAACAAACCAAAAAACACCAAAAUAAGUGUACUUUUCUCCUCCCUAACUGCAUCAAAUUGGAUCAACAUUCAUUUGUUUCCGUUUUGAAAGAUGCCAUUGUAAGGAUUGAACUUGGAGCAAAACCACUACUACCAGCAGAUGUAUUAGAAACCAAUGAAAAAGCAUCUUCAGAUGAUGGCUGGAUCAACAUCUUUAUUGGUGACAGUUUAAUAAAAGGUAAGAAUUGCUACAUGUUACCAGCUGGAAAUUUUAAAAAUGGAGACUGGUUCCAUUACCAUUCUACACAAACUUUGGUGUCUAUUGAACUUCCCCCUAGGGAUCAUUUGGGUUUCAUUUUCUACUUGGUUCUUUCUCAAAAUCAAUCAUGUCGCAUUCGAAACCUUGGAUGCAAAUGCUAUAUAGAAACCACUUGCGGUGAUUUUAUUAGUAUAAAAAGUUUCUUUAGAGAUGAAAGUGUUGUGUUUUAUCCUUACUCUUCAUUUGACACAUUGUCGGAUCAUUUGUUUUUAUGGUACGAUAUACAAUGUUGUGAGCAAAUAAUGGAAGCAAUCAAAGAAAUAAAAGCCAAUGACAUGAGUGCCAUUCACAAUUCAAAGCUUACAUUUAAAUUCUUCGCUCGUACUGAAGAAAAUAUGGAAGCAGUGAUAAAAGAGUGUGGUUUUCGAUGGAUAUAUUCCUCAGAAGGUCAAGUUGUCGAGGAAGAAGAAGGAUGUGAAUCUGAGACAAGUAAGGAAACUCACACAGUGGAGGGUUCUAAAUCUGAUGAGCAAGAAGAAACAGUUCCAGCAGCAAUGAAUUUUCAGCAAAGUGUCUAUGGAACUCCCAAUCUGGAAGCAGUAGAAACAAAAGACUUAAGGAGUGUACUUGAAGAACUCUUGCAUAUUGGAUUUGGCGGAGACCUCAUGUUAUAAAAUUCUGUUGCAGCUUAUGUAAAGACAUGCAGUCAAUAAUUGAACCAAUUGAACUAGUUGAAUCAUGACUUAGAUGUCUCACCGAUUUAAUCUCUAGUCGUGUUUUCUUUUUCUAAUAUUAUAAGCCAUUGUUAGGCUCUAUAGGAGGAGCUUAUGUCAUCUCUAUAAGUUGGUUUCUUCAGCUCUCUAUAAUAGCUUAUGAAAAGAAUGUAAAUGUGAGCUUUGGAUUGUAACUGGUGCUGUUCACGUCA